CUCAGCAAUUUCGGGACUCUCUGCUCGACCACGCCGAUUUUCGCAUCGGACCCUCCUAAUUCCUCUCAUGGAAUGGCGCCGCGCUGGAUCUGAAUUCCGGCGGUUCCUCUCUCUCUCUCUCUGUGGGUGGUGGGGUGCAGGAUCAUAUGAAUGGGUGCUCUGACCAGAUAGCGUAUAGGGACAUCUCGCAAGACAUCGAGAAGGUGACGGGCUUUCUUUUGAAGCCGCAGACUUUCGGUUCCCGCCCCCAACUUGAGUCUCGUCGCUUCUGGCGGUUUUUUCGCGGCUUUCAAACGUCGCGUCUUUGUUACGCGCCUUUUCGAGGCGUUUCCUUUUUUGCCUUCUGCAAAUCGAUUCUUCAAGGGAGCUUUUCUAGAGUGAAGGCCUCAUGUCUGCAUCAGAAGCUGCCCCAACUCCGGUUGCUGCUGACCCUUCAACAGGUCAUAAUUCUAAUUCGCUGCCUACUCCAAGGAGGAGGACCGUGAUCCAGACAGAAAGGACUACUCAUGUCGAACUCUUGUCAGAUAGAGGGAUCCAUGGCUCCAAUGCAGUAAACGUCACAGAUGGUAAGGAUACGAACCAUGUAAUUAGAGGAGAGACAGCUCUUGAUAGAUCAAAAGAGACACCGUCGAGAAAAGGUGUGCCAGCUUCAGCUGUUACACCUAGGCGAAGGAAAGUUGUUAUGCGAACUGAGCAACCAGGGUGGGAGCGAUGCAUUAGUGUCACUGCGAAGCUCAGUCUGCUGAUCCUUGGGAUUGUUGGUUUGAUCAAAUUAUUGUCAUGGCACACCAAUGACAGUGCUCCAUUUGGCUUGCUGGACUAUGAAAAUAAGCUUGCUGAAAUUGAGGGCUCACUGAAGGCUACAACAAAAAUGAUGCAAGUUCAGGUUGAGGCCAUUGACCGAAAGAUUGAGGGCCAGUUAGGAAGUUUUAGGAAGGAGGUCAUUGGAAAAGUAGAGGAGCAAAGUGUAUUGCUUGGUCAUAAGAUCAAAAAGUUGGAGGAUAAAGGGGAGUCUCUUGAAAAGAAAUUGAAGGAAAUGGAAUUUUUGUCAAAGGAAGAAGUUUCACAAUUUCUGAAGGAAUUGGUUAACAAUACAAACUCGGAGAUUGGUGACCAAGAACUGAACUGGGACAAAGUUAGGACUGUUGCUAGGGAUAUUGUCAUGAAAGAAAUUGAAAAGCAUGCAGCUGAUGGGCUUGGGAAGGUGGACUAUGCAUUAGCUUCUGGAGGUGGAAAGAUAAUUAAGCAUUCAGAGCCAUAUUAUGCUGCUAAGCUGAACAAUUGGUUUUCAUCUAAAGGUGGCGCUGGAGUUCAUCCAAGGGCAGACAAGAUGCUUGAACCUAGUUUUGGAGAGCCUGGUCAGUGUUUCCCACUGAAGGGAAGCAGUGGAUUUGUUGAGAUCAAGCUGAGGACUGCCAUAAUACCUGAAGCAAUCACUCUGGAACAUGUAGCAAAGAGCGUUGCUUAUGACAGGACGAGUGCCCCCAAGGAGUUCAGGGUUUCUGGCUGGAUACGUGGUUCGCUGGAAGAAGCAUCUCCUGAACCAGACAAGAUGGUUUUGCUGGGUGAAUUUGUAUAUGAUCUUGAAAGAAGCUUUGUGCAGACAUUCCAUCUCAAUCCAUGCACUGCUGCAAGCUGCGUGGUUGAUGUGAUCCGGCUUGACGUUUUGUCUAACCACGGGAAUUCAUUGCACACAUGCAUCUAUCGCUUGAGGGUCCAUGGAUCAGAAUCAGAUUCUAUUGUGCCAGUUCCUGGACAAUCUUGAAAGGCAUAGCCCUUCGGAUUUUGCCAUUGUUCUCACUCUUGCAGCAUUUGACGAUGUACAUCUGUCUCCUUUGCUGUUUGGCUACGAGGAUUUUGUAUUUCUGCAGCAUCCCAAUGUUUUAUCCCUUUUUCUAUUUGAAGUCAGGACUGACAUGCUCUGAAUGUAUUGGGGAGGAAAUGCAGCGUUGUGUUCUCUUAUAGCUCAAACGUCCAUGGGCACACGGGCAGUUAACUAGGACAUGUAUGGAACAGUGAAUAGAGAAUGCGUCUACCUGUUCUGUAAUGCUUUUAAGUCUAUCUUUCUUUCUCUCUC